GUAUGUGGUGCGGUGUGCGCGGGUAUGCGUGAAGAACGUCGUUUUAUAUUUUGAUUGUAAGAUCGCUGCCUUUUGCUAUGCCGCGGAAAAAGACACAGCCGGCGAUGAUCGGCGAGGAGCUGAGGAUCGCCGUUACCCUGGCGCUGCAGAACUUCCGGCUGCAGGAGGACCAGGCCGAAAUCGAAUUUCCCUCUUCGCUCACAUCCACGGAGCGGGCGUACAUUCACAAACUGGCUGACUCUACUGGUCUCAAGUCAAAAAGUCGAGGGAAGGCGGCCAACCGGUUCCUGACCGUGUAUAAGAAGAACGGCUCGAGCAUCGUGCAGGCGGACGCAGUGUUCCAGCUGGUGCGCAUGUCCCGCCACCAUGUGAGCUCCCUGCUCUCCAAGUUCCCUGUGACCAACCGCGAGCGCCAGGAGCUGCUGCCCCCCACCGAGCGGGACCGGCUCCUGCAGCCGGAGGUGCGGGACGUGAACCGGGCGACGGGCCGGCUCAACAGCGGCAUCCCGCAGGUGCCGUGUGCGCGCGGCGGUGGGGAGCUCAGUCGCGCGGGCCAGGAGCUGCCCAUCUGGCCGCUGCGCGACGAGAUCCUGCGCACCGUGGCGCAGAAUCAGGUCACGCUGCUGGUCGGCGACACCGGCUCCGGCAAGACCACCCAGGUGCCGCAGUUCCUGCUGGACCAGUACCAGGCGGCCGGCCGCCCGCUGCGCAUCCUGUGCACGCAGCCGCGCCGCAUCUCGGCGCUGACCGUAGCCGAGCGGGUGGCGGCCGAGCGUGACGAGCAGAUCGGCCAGACGGUCGGCUACCAGAUCCGGCUGGAGAGCAGGGUCUCGCCGAAGACGCUGCUGACCUUCUGCACGAGCGGCGUGCUGCUGCGCACACUGAUGGGCGGCGACGGCGCGCUGGCCACCGUCACACACGUGAUCGUGGAUGAGAUCCACGAGCGGGACCGCUUCGCCGACUUCCUGAUGGCCGUGCUGCGCGACAGCAUCUCCAAGUACCGCAACCUCAAGAUCAUCCUCAUGUCGGCCACCAUGGACACGCAGCUGUUCGUCAAAUACUUCCACGUCUGCCCCGUCGUCAAGAUCCCGGGCAAGAUGUUUGAGGUGAAGGAAUACUUCCUGGAGGACGCGCUGCGCGACACGGGCUUCACUUCGGCGGCCAUGGAGCGCGUGCGCGCCGAGCUGCGCACCCAGCAGGCGCUCAGCUCGUGGACCGAGCGCGCCAACGAGAAGCCGGCGGCCGGCGCUGCCGCCGCGCUCGACCGGCCCAGCAUCCCGGCGCCGAUCCUCGGACAGCAGUCAGAGCCGACGCCCGACCGGACGGAGCUGGAGCCGUGGCUGGUGGACCUUAUGGACCGCUGCAUCAGCGCCGCCUGGCUCUCCGCCUCGGAUGACGCCUUCACCCAGCUGCUGCACCUCAUCAUGACCGAGAACGUCUCGGUCGACUACCAGCACUCGGCCACCUCAGCGACGCCCCUGAUGGUGUCCGCCGGCCGAGGCAACCUCAACGCCGUGGAGCAGCUGCUGAACCUGGGCGCCAGCACGGCCGUGCGCGCCAGCAACGGCUGGACGGCGCGCGACUGGGCGCUGCGCACCCAGCAGACCGAGGCGGUGGAGCUGCUGGACGCGUACGGUCCGACGCUGACCGCCGACCAGGAGGCGGCCGACAGUCAGCUGUCGGAGGAGGACCGCCAGCUGCUGCAGUGCUACCAGCUCAGCCACGACGACGAGCGCGUCGACGUGGACCUGGUGGUGGCGCUGCUGAAGCUGAUCUGUACCGGCAAGCAGCCCGGGAGCGCGCUGGUCUUCCUGCCCGGGUACGAUGACCUGGUGCGGGUGCGCGAGGUGCUGUCUGAGUCCCGCUGGUUCACCGAGAGCGGACAGCACACCCUGUUUGUGCUGCACUCGAACAUGCAGAGCGGCGACCAGCGGCGCGUCUUCCAGCCGGCGGCGCCCGGCACGCGCAAGGUGGUGCUCUCCACCAACAUCGCUGAGACGAGCGUCACCAUCCAGGACAUCGUGUUCGUCAUCGAUACCGGCAAGGUCAAGGAGAAAUCGUUCGACUCGAUCACGGGCGUCUCGCAGCUGCGGCCCACCUGGGUCAGCCGCGCGUCGGCCGUGCAGCGCCGCGGCCGCGCCGGCCGCUGCCAGCCGGGCGUCUGCUACCAUCUGUUCUCGCGCAGCCGCUUCCUGGCGCUGCAGCCGUACCAGACGCCCGAGAUACUGCGGACGCCGCUGCAGGAACUGUGUCUGCACAGCAAGAUGCUGUCGCCACCCAACACACCGAUCGCCGACUUCCUGGCCAAGACGCCCGAGCCGCCGCCGUUCAUGGUCACCAGAGCUGCCGUCCAGCUGCUCAAGACGAUCGACGCCCUGGACCCGUGGGAGGACGUGACCGAGCUGGGCCACCACCUGCUCGACCUGCCCGUGGAGCCGCGCCUCGGCAAGGCCGUGCUCUACUCCAUCGUGCUCAAGUGCCUGGACCCGGUGCUCACCAUUGUCUGUUGCCUGGCGCACCGGGACCCGUUCGUCCUGCCGGCGGUGCCUGCUCAGAAGAGGGCGGCCGCCGCCAGCCGGAAGAAGCUGGCCGCUGCCACCUACAGCGACCACAUGACACUGCUGCGUGCGUUCCAGGCGUGGCAGAAGGCACGCAACGAGGGCUGGGAGCGCUCGUUCUGCGCCAAGAACUUCGUGAGCAGCGCCACCAUGGAGGUCGUGGUGGGCAUGCGCACCCAGCUGCUGGGCCAGCUACGCGCCUCGGGCUUCGUGCGGGCACGCGGCGCCGGCGACAUCAGGGAUCUCAACUCCAACUCUGAGAACUGGGCUGUGGUGAAGGCGGCCCUCUGCGCCGGCUGCUACCCCAACCUGGUGCGCGUGGACCGCGAGCAGGUGCAGCUGCGCACACAACGCGAGAGCCGCGUCCGCCUCCACCCGUCCUCGACGCUGGUGGACGCGCCCAAGUCGGCGCGCACGAGCGUGGCGCAGGCGCACCGCUCGGCCGUCGAGGCGCUGCCGGCCGACUGGCUGAUCUACGAGGAGCUGUCGCGCUCGGGGCGCGUGGCGCACGUGCGCUGCUGCACGCUGGUCAGCCCGAUCACGGUGGCGCUGAUGGCCGGCCCGGCGCGCCUGCCACUGGACGCGGUCUCCGAGGCGGACGCCGUGCUGCAGGGGAUGCGCGGCGACUCCUACAUGGAGGCCGACUCGGACAGCGAGGUGGAGGAACGCUCCGAGGGCCAGAAGACCAUGCUCAAGCUGGACGAGUGGGUCGGCUUCCGUGUGGACACGGACGCGGCACACCUGGCACUCCAGCUGCGACAGAAGUGGCACUCGCUCUUCAUCCGCCGCAUGCGCGCACCCUCCAAGACGUGGUCGCAGAUGGACGACAACGUGAUCCGGACGCUGAUCGCGGUGCUGACGACCGAGGAGCAGACGCUGGGCCUGCAGCAGCCGCCCGGCAUCGGCCAGCGUCCGCGCCCCGUCAUCAGCGACGUGUUCACCGCCGGCGGCCAGCAGCAACAGCAGCAGCAGCAGCAGCAGCAGGCGCAGCAGCAGCAGCAGGCGCAGCAGCAGCAGCAGAGGGUGUCACCAGAUCAGACUGCCAGCCGUGAGAAUCGGCCGGAGGGCGGCGGCGGCGGCGGCGGCGGCGGGCCGACGGCCAGCACACCGUCUCUCUCUCCGACCGUGGGCCCGCUGGAGAACGGCCAGCACGCGGCGCCCAACAGCUGCCGCUACUUCAUCAUCAAGGCCAACAGCACGCGCGCCGUGGACGCGUCCGUCACCAAGUGCGUGUGGGCGUUCACGCCGAACACGGAGCGCAAGCUGCUGCACAACUUCAAGGAGGGACGCACCGUGCUCCUGGUGUUCAGCGCCCAGGGCUCCGGUCACUUCCAGGGCUAUGCCAAGUUCCUGGGCCAGAACUCUUCCGAGCGCUGUCCGGAGCUGCAGGGGCCCAACCUGGGCCAGUCGUACAAGAUCGAGUGGGUGAAGCGGGCCAACGUGCCCUUCCAGGCGACGCGUCACCUCAUCAAUCCCGUACAACGAGCACCGGCGCGUGCAGACGAGCCGCGACGGCCAGGAGGUGCAGCCGCAGGUGGGCGCGGCGCUGUGUCGGCUGCGGCGGCGGGGCGGCGGAAACGGCCCAGCUGGUGCCUGCGGGCUCCAGAGCGGUGA